AAGAAGGUCAAGAACGUCAAAAAAAAAAAAAAAAAAGUGCUGCACGGUAGAAUGUUCUUUUAGCAUGUUUAGGAUUGCCACGUCAGUUUUUGCUAAUCAUAUUGUACGUUUGGGACAUUGGUUUAGAUGACUUAUUUUUUGACACAACAGUUGUGAUGUCAUAACAGGUGUAAUGUAAUGUAUGUUAUAGAAAAUCAGGAAGUCUUUGAUAUAAUGUGCGUAAUUUGUACAGAAGUGUUGGAUAAAUUUUAGUUAUUUGAAGUUCGUGGAAUAUUUCCGGUAUGGACUCCCAUUAAACAUGCGAUUUCAUGAAACUGCUAGUAAUAAGUAUUGUAAGAUGUGGUUGAAUCUGGACUAUCCGUGUUUACAUAGAAUAUCAAAUAUUUUUGCCCUCGUAAGUUUUCAACAUGACCAGUGAAUUGUUAGGAGGUUAAUGUCUGUCAGCGAAGUUGUGAUGUAGAAGUAUGGUGUCGGCAUUUAAUAUACUGUGAAGAAUGCCACAUUAUAAGAUGUUGGCGAAAACUUCCCGUAUAGUUUCCCUUUGUUCCGUAGCAAACUUUAUUAAUGCAGCAGAUCGUGUGAUCAUGCCAAUAGCAAUUGUGCCUAUGACAGAUGAAUUCAAAUGGAGCUUACACUGGCAAGGAUGGAUCUUAUCAGCGUUUGCAUUUGGUUACUUCACAAGUCAGGUGAUAGGAGCAUGUGCUGCCAGCAGAUUUGGAGGAAAAGCAGUUCUCUUAUUUGCUGUGUUUUUAUGGUCUGUUUCAACUUCUGUCACCCCUCUUUUGGCAACAUCUGUGCCUGCAUUGAUAUUUUGCCGAGUGCUGUUGGGAUUGGGUGAGGGACUUGGAUGGAAUUUUUAUUCUUUUACAUUAGGUCUACCAACAAUAUUCCAUAUAUUUGCUCAUAAUGUACCAAUGGAAGAGCGAUCGAGAGCAUUUGGCUAUCUUGUUGCUGCAGGUUCUGUGGGACAGACUGUUGCAUCUGUGCUAUGUCCAUAUCUGUCAUGGCAGACUGGUUUCUACCUCUUUGGUACGUUGGGUAUUGUGUGGGUGCUCAUAUGGUUACCGUUCUAUCAUGAUGGUGCAACCUCAGCACAGGAUGAGAUUCCUCUAUUUGUACCAAAGGUAACAAAUCCAAAUGUACAGUGGACAGAGUUUGUGUGCCAUUGGCCUCUGUGGGCUCUGUAUGUAGCCCACUUUGCCAUGAACUGGUCCAACUACAUCAUCAUGCAGUGGCUUCCUACUUACCUUGCCCGGAACCUUGGAGCCAACAAGGAGAGCAUUAGUCUUACUGCCGUCCCUUAUAUUGUCAACUCCUUGGUUGGAAUCUUUGCAGGCCAUUUUGCAGACACUCUUGUUGGACAGCAGAGGUGGACAGUUCUGUCAGUACGUCGACUGAUGACCAGCAUUGGUCUCCUGGGUCCAGGAGUGUUCCUGCUUGCAUUUUGUACUGUUGACAACCUCCUAGCUGCUGUUGUAUUUGUUUCAAUUUUGAUGGGUCUUUGUGCCUGUAACUCAGCUGGCCACCUAAGUAAUCAUGCAGACAUUGCUCCCAACCAUGCUGGCAUCACAUUUGCCAUCUCAAAUACACUAGCAACAAUCCCAGGUAUACUGUGUGGCCCCCUUACAGCAGAGCUGGUGACUACAUCUCAUGGUCGCUGGUUUCCUGUUUUUGUGCUGGCAGCUGGCGUGAACUUCACUGGCGCUGUCAUCUACUACAGUCAGAGUUCAGCUGCUCAAGUGCUAUGAAUUCUAUCGGUUUAAACCUCAGAACAUACACUAGUCAUCUCUUGGCAAUAAUGUUAAACUGAACCAAAUAUCUAUUUUAGUGAAACUAAAUCAUUAUAAAAUAUUUGCCAUCCAGUGACUUACAUAGUUCUCCCAUCCCACAACACUGGAAUUGGAUACAAGCUCAUACCUUUGCUAUAUAUUCUGAUCACAUGACACAAAAUAUUAUCUUUGUCAUACUUACACCAAAAUUGAAUAUUUAAUAGCAUUAUGUUCUUGGUGAGUUAUGUAAAUGAACAGUGUUACUGCUCUGAAUAAUAUCUGUGAAUAUAUUAGUUGAAUGAUUUUUGUGGAAGGUUGUAUAUUAAGUGCAGUAGAACUUGCUGUGCAACAAAU